AUGUAAAUUUAUGAUGUUUGCAUAAUUGGGGUUCCCCAAUAGGAUUGUGUUUUGGAGCUGCAUUAUAGAAAUCAAGAAAAUUAAGUAAAGUCAUAAUGUUGGACUCAAUAAAAAGACCAUAUUUUUAAAAUUAAGGACCUCCAAAUGAAAGAAUAAUAUUAGUAAUAUAACCAUUAAGAAAAUUGUUAUAAUCAAUAGGAGCUUGGGAUAAAUUUAAUAGGGUAGAGUAAAUCUUUAUAAGAGAAUAAUAAUGGAUUAAAGUAUUUGGAAAGAUUAUUUGGAAUUGAAAAUCAAUAAACUCAUAUAAUAUUAUUGAAUAUGAUAAUGUAGUAAAUGGAUUAUUAGAAGUUUAUAAUUGGGAGAUAAAGUUUGAGACUAAAUUAGAAAAGAUUGAAGUUGUGGAAAAUGAGUAUGUCAAAGUGAA